GCUCACAACUCAAGCUCUUCAAAACCAUAUUUUUUAUUUUCUCUCUUCUCUUCUCUCAAAUUUGGCCAAAAAAUGAAGAGAGAGGGUCGCCAGCAUGGGAUGGUUCGAACCAUCAGAAUCCUACCAUCUCCGUUGAACCCCAGACCCGAGACCAGAUUCGUGAACCGGUUCGACUCGCCGGCCACUGCCGGGCUGUUCACCCGGGUGUCCACCAAGCCCACCGGCCACUCCAAGUUCACGGGCAAGUGCGCCCAGCCACGCUGCAACGGGUGUCACUUGCACCCGACGUGUAAGGCCAAGGACAAGACCAAAGGCAACCAGAAGCUCAAAUCGAACGACGUCGUUUCCAAUCAUAGGUUGCUGACUUGGCGGGUCGUGGAUGGCCGAACUGGCUUGAACGUUUCUGGGUUUUCUGCCACGCAGAUGUUGGAUCAACUGUCAAAUUUUUAUGCAGAAGAUAUUUAUGAUGAUGAUGAAGAAGGAGAAGGAGAAGAAGAAAAAAGUGGUCAUUAUGAUGAUCAUGAUUAUGAUUAUGACUAUGGUUAUGGUUCCAAUGUUAAUGAUUCUAGGAUUGAUUUUGAGCCUAAUAAUGAAACAAGGGUCGAGAUAAAAAAUGAAGAUGAUGUUGAUGAAAAAGAAGAAAGAAUGAGCUUUUGUGAUGUGGGAUUUGUGUUGGACCAAGAAGAUGAUGGUUGGUGUUUGGUGGGAGAAAUGUGAUCAUUAUGCAUAUUGUUUAUCUUUUCAUUGAUAUAAUAUUUAUAUUCCAAUACAUAUGUAUGUGAAUAAUACUAAUAAGGAAUCAUUAUAUCUUUCUCUUUUUU